AUGGCUCUUUUUGCUUAUCGACUGAUAUUUAUCUUAUUUCUUUGUAUUUUGCACGUACAUGGAUCAUGUUAUUAUGAUUCACUCAAGUCAUCACCAACAAAUAAUACUUCAGGCAAUCAGAUAACCAAUCAAUAUUGCGAAUAUUUCGGUAAGAAAUAUGCAAUUAAUACCAAUUGGACUUCACCAUUUCCUGAUUGUCUUGAUUGUCUCUGUGCUGACUACGGAUUAGAAUGCUGUGGAUUUGGAACACAAGCUGGCCCAAAUAUUCCUCCAGCAGGUUGUGAAUUAGUUUUAGGUAUAUGUGAAGUUCGAUUUGCACUUGUAUCAUCAAAAAAAUAUAUAUAA